AUGGCAGGUAAAGCAGUUGCACUUGUCAUUGACAUUGGCAUUUGGCGUCUACAAACCUCAAAGCCAGCGAGGAAUGGCUGGCUCCUUGAGCUCUGCGACAAGGUUGAGGAAGAGAAUGGCCGAAUUGGCGGGCACCAAUACGGAGAUCGAGUCGUCAAGCUCUCCGACGAGAUUGCUGUCAAAUAUGGACACGGGGUCAAAGAGUCUGAAGCAAGAACGCAGGACUUUGCAUAUCGAAACGCAAACCCGAGCAUAGUUCGCAUUCCGCGAGUUCACCGUUUCUUCUUGAAGAUUGAUCCUUCCUGGCAUUGCCCAAGAGGCUACCUCUUUAUGGGAUAUGUUCCAGGCAAAAUACUACAGGAUCUUGACCUCAAUAUCAAGGGCGAUAUAGUCCCCAGGGUAGCCAAAAUUAUCAAGCACUUAGGGCAAAUCUCAGAUAGCCAACCAGUCCCAGGUCCCAUAGGCGGGGGCGAGCCAGAAGGUUACUUCUUUGGUGAUGAUGGCGCAGGAAGGAGUUUUGCUUCCGUAGCAGACUUCGAAGCCUGGCUCAACAUACGUCUUGCUUUACGAAACAAGUCAAUAGAUCUCAGUUCUCAACCUCUUGUUCUCUGCCACAUGGAUUUAUGUCGACGGAAUAUGAUCCUCGAGGAGAAUGAUAGCAUCUGUCUUCUCGACUGGGGAUGCGCCGGAAUGUAUCCGCGCUAUUUCGAAAUUGCGACGCUCUCUUGGUUGAAUCCGUAUGAUGCACCUUACGAGAAACCUCUGCUGCAAGCUACCACUGCGUUGCUGGGCUUGACGGCGAAGGAGAAAGACUCGAUCGCUCUUUUGGAAAUCGCUCGUGCUGCCAACCUGAGAUACACCUUGUGAAUAAACCCACAUGGUGUUGUAAGCUGGGAUUAUCUCUGAUGCUAAUCGUUGCUGUAGUGAAACCGACGGGGAAAGUCAGGGGAUACCAGACUGGCACCACACUAUGCCCCCUCCGCCUCCUCUCCCAAGUCAAAGGCCCAAAAGGUCAUAGCUG